GAAGUAUUCGAUUGAUUAUAUGGUUAGAUUAGUUAGGUUAGAGUUGAGUAGACUUUUUACUGACGGUCCUCGUAAUUUUUAUUUUGAAAACGAUACGCACGGAAUGAUAAGAUCCGCUCACGCACUGUAAGCUCGAGUUAGAUGUCUCAAGAUAUACAAGGAAGAUUCGAGUGCGAUGGUUAUCUGUACAUCAAACCACUUUAAUUAAUGUGCAAUUGAAAACCUAACCUAACCUAAUCCUGUACAGCGAUUCGAAUUUGGAAAAUAUAUAAAUAAUGCAGUUGCAUUUGACAACAUUUUGUACGGCAAUACUGAUUUCUUUUUUGGUAUCAUGCGAUACGUGGGAGCUGCCGGAUAACUUUGUGAAAACUGAACAUUCCAAUAAUUGGGCCGUUUUGGUCGAUACAUCACGUUUCUGGUUUAACUAUCGACACGUCGCAAAUGUUCUAUCUAUUUACCGAAGUGUGAAACGAUUAGGAAUACCAGAUUCACAAAUCAUUCUCAUGAUAGCCGACGAUAUGGCGUGCAAUCCUAGAAAUCCUAGACCAGCGACUGUUUUCAACAACAUUAAGCAGCAUAUUAAUGUUUAUGGUGAUGAUGUAGAGGUCGACUACAGAGGUUACGAAGUGACAGUAGAAAAUUUUGUAAGGCUGCUAACCGGUCGUCUAGCUCAGGAAACCCCAAGAUCGAAAAAGCUACUAACGGACGAAGGAUCAAACAUUUUAAUUUACUUAACUGGUCAUGGUGGUAAUGGAUUUUUGAAGUUUCAAGAUUCCGAAGAGAUCACUAGUCAAGAAUUGGGGGAUGCAUUGGAACAAAUGUGGCAAAAACGGAGGUACCAUGAAAUUUUAUUCGUGGUCGACACUUGUCAGGCGAGUUCCAUGUACGAGAAAUUUUAUUCUCCAAACAUAUUGGCGGUCGCUUCCAGUUUAGUGGGAGAAGAUUCACUUUCUCAUCAUGUGGAUCCUGCCAUUGGUGUCUACAUUAUAGAUCGAUACACUUAUUAUGCAUUGAACUUUUUGGAAAAAGUAGAACCAUCCAGCACUAAGACAUUGGGUGAAUUUUUGAAAGUAUGUCCAAGAGAUUAUUGUCUAUCCACAGUCGGUGUAAGAAGAGAUUUGUUUAGAAGGGAUCCAGAUAAAGUACCAGUAACCGACUUUUUUGGUUCACUUAGGCCUGUUGAAUUAACGGCAAAUAUAAUGAAUAUUUUACCUAUUAAAUCUAAUCGUUCAAAAACUCAGGAAUUUGAAAGAAAGUAUAAUUAUGUUGCACAAUUUCCAGAAGUAUCUCAGUAUACAUGAUUAACAUGAAUAAAAAUGAAAUAUUUCUUA